CUUGCCUGAAAUUCUAAGAAAAGAGAAGCAUUACAACACUAAACUUUAUUAUCUCAAGGUUUGCUGUUGAGGGUCUCAAUUCAAUGGAGCAACUGAAAUUUACCGCAAAUAGGUUCAAGAACACCGCCGCUACUGAGAAUAGCAAUAAACAAGGACAGCAUGAAAACAGUCAACUAUUGGCCAACAACAAUGAGAAUACAUUGAAAACACAUUCUCAAGCACCUCUUCUUGACACUCCACAUUAUUCACUCAGCAAUCACUAUUGGAAGUUGCCAGAACUUGAAGAUGGCGAGUCCGUUGUUUCAUUUGAGGCAGCCACUGAUUCUAUUGCAAUCCUGAUAACCUCUUCCAGGGUUUUAAUAUAUGACUAUCAAUCCUUCGAGAAAAGGCCGUAUACUUUUCAAUUUAGAUAUAACUCCAAUGAUUAUAACAUACCUCCUCUCUGCUCUCUUCUUCCAAAUCCUUUAAAUGCUCUUAAACCGGAUUUGGUCAUAAUAGAACCAAUCUCGGGCGCUUUACAUUUCUUUGAGGCGAUCAAACUAGCGCCCUCUUUGCGCUUAUUGCAAAACAAGCUACAGGAUAAAAUCUCACUUCAUAAUGCCGAAUUUUUAACGAGAAUGCAGCUAUUUGAAGACAACUGUUUGCUUGUGACAACUUCACAAAAAAGAGUUAUAUACGUCACAUUUAAGGACCAGUUUGGAGACUUGUCAAUAAACUAUUUUCAAGUUUACAAUAAUAGACCUUUGAUAAGCUUCAUGCUGUCUAAGACUUACAGCAUCAAAGAAUAUGCAAACUCUAGCCACAUAGUUUCUGUUAAGUGUGCUGAUGUUUCUCCUGUCAUGAAAACCUUGAUUGUUUUGGAGUCUACCGGCCAUGUAACAUUUAUUGAUCAUUUGAAAACUAGCACAACUUUUACAACGAAAUCGAGUUUUAACUUAGAUCUAAUUUUAAAGGGCUCUAAUUUGAAGUUUAUGGAUUUCCAAUUUGUUCUUCAAAAGAACAUAGGUAUUUUCUUGGUUCUUGAUCCAGAGACCAAUUCACUCUUUAAUGCCUAUUUCGACUUUUGUGAUGAGAAGUCUGAUCCAGUCAAUUUGUACUCAUCAGUUAUUUCCUCAAUUCCUAAAUCAGAAUCUAUCGUUAGUCCGAAAUUAUUUCUAUUAGAAGGUGAAAAUUCUCUCCUGACACAAAAUAAUAACCGCUUGAUUGUUUCGAGUCUCAAUCAUUCAAAGCUGCCUCAUGCAUGGACUGAAGUUAUAAUUCUCAAGCAGUCUGUGCAUAUAUAUUCUGCAGUCAGGAUCGAGUCUCUCUCAAAUACUAUUGUGUUGGCAACAGACAAGGGUCUAAUCUUGUUUGAGCUGAAAUCUUUAGGGGAUUCCAGUAAUACACAAGCUUAUGUUAAAGAACACCUUCUACAAUAUUUGAAAUUUUCACAGUCUUCCUCACCAGUGGUAUUUUCUUUGAAGGAGACUUUACUACCGAUAACACAAGAUGAUAUCAGAAAUGUCCUCAACCAAGUUCUAGAUGAGUUACUGGAAGACAACUCAAAUGCAAUAAGCACAGAUCUAAGCGUGGAUGAAAAUUUAUUUCAAAGAGUUGAGAUGGUGAAAAAGACAGUUGUAUAUGUUUCUCAGAACUACGAAAUUAACGAAGAUGAAAAGAUGAGAGUGAAACUACUAGAUACUUGUGAGCUGCUGUCAUUGACCAGAAAAUUUUUUGAGCUCAUCAUAGAUAGAGAUUUGUUUGAGGUUGUUUCGACCAUACUGAAAGAAAUGAAAUUUUAUGGAAAGAUUGACUACUAUUUUCAAAAAAACCCGAAAAAUAUUCUUCUACUUAUCUCAGAGUAUUUGAAGCUAUCUAAAAAUGUCGGCAAUGAAGUGCAACUUAAGAAUUUAACAUCACUUUUGAGUGAUCUUUUCGUCGACGCAUUGAUCAAAUUGGAUGAUGAUAUCAAAGAAUAUUUGAACAAUUCUGGAAUAUCAACCAUAUUUAUAGAUCAUUAUGAUUUGAUAAGCAAUAUUGAUGACGUCACGCGCAUGGUCUAUAAUUUAAAACUAACGGAAGAGGAAAUGAUUUUUAACUACGGCGAAAUAUUAAUCGGACUUUGUUGCUUCCUUUACUACACUACCAACGAGAUAAUUGCUUACUUGAAUUUGCACAACACGUCAAACGCUUAUGAUGAUCAUUUGGCUAAAUAUUCAAAACUGCUCGACUCUCACAAAGACAAAUGGAUUCAUAGUUUCAUUGUACUGAAAAAACAAAAUGACAUAAUUCCCCUCGUGAACAAAUAUGAUGACUUUCAGUCAUUAUCUGCUUUACUUGAGAGUAAAAGAGAGAUCAUUCAAAAUUUAUACAAUACUCAAGAGAUAUCGGACAUUGAAUUUGCCAACUUGUCUGCCGACAUCGAAAUCGAAUUUGACGAGUACUUUGAUCAGUACGAAUAUACCUUUGCGAAGUCGUUAUUUCUUCACUAUAUCCAUUGUAAUAAGAUUGAUAUCCUUUUGACAUGUUUUGAGAAACAUUCAGAUCUCUUGGACAAAUUUUUGUCAUCAGAUAUUAAGUAUUAUGAUUUUGCCUGGAUUCAAGACAUCAAACUUCAGAGAUUCGACAGCGUCAGCAAUGAUAUGUCUCUUUACCUUUCUGAAAGACUCAACAACCCCAUUAAAGCUAAAAAGAUUCAAACCAGUAUAGCCAAGCUGGCCACCCUCUGUGGCACUCAAGACGAUGAACUGCGGUGCACGCGUUUGAAAGGAUAUGAUUGUUCCUUAUCUCUCCUUUCUAUUCAGCAAUACGUUUAUUUUCAACUGAAAAACUUAGGAUUAUUUAGAAAGGAUUUUGAUACGACAAGUUUAUUCAAGACUCCUUACCUCACACAGAAUAAUUUUUGUUAUUUACCUACUGAGGUGCAAAACACAUUCCAGAACUUAUCAAAAAAUAUCUCGGUGAGCGUGAGCGAAAUUAUUGACUUUAUAUCUUUGGCAUCAUUCCCAACAAAUACUUCACUAGCCCAGUUGUCAUUAGGAAUGAACCAAUGUGAUACGGAAGUUGAAGGAAUUGCGCAAGAUUUUUCCCUCAAUGAAGAUGACAUAAUUGAGAAUGAUGGCUUAAAAAGUCUCGCUAGUGAGUUUAUUAUCACUACUUACAUCAAGUUAUUCUCCUUCCUGAAAAACUAUGUUCCUUUGAAGCAUAAAAGCAAUCUUCUUGAAACGGUGGACGCAGACGGGCCAACACUUGAAAAAAAGGCUUGGGCCAAGAUUUUGCUGAGGAGGUUGAUAUUAAGGAAGGAUUUAACAUCCUUGAUAAGUACUGUUCUUCCACUGGUUCAAGCUGAGGGUGACAGUAUCAACCUCUCUCCGGAAAAUUUGAUUUGUACAUCAGAGGAACUAAGAGGUAUUGGAAUUAAAAACACUGAUGCUUGCUUGGAUUUUGAAAAGGAAAAUGAACUUCUCAGAAGACACCAAUUGAAUGCAGAGAUGUAGAUUAAAUAAUUUUAGGUAAUAAAAUAGAUGAACACCAAAUCGCAAAAUGGGGCGGAUUUAUUCA